GGGGCCUCGAGCGGGCGCUGGCGGCGGCGCGCCAUGGGGGCGGAGGAGCCCGACGUGUACCGGGACACGUGGGUCCGCUACCUGGGUGAGCUGCGGCACCGGGACCGGGGCUGGCGCCGGGAAUCGCGCGCUGGGGCUGGCGCGGGGAACCCGGUAGCGACCGCGACAGCGGGCACUCAGUACCGACGCCGCCGCCGGCACUCACUGCCAGCGCUCGGUUCCGCGUACCGGCACCGGGCGUGGGCUCUGCCGCUCCCCGAGCUCCGCAGCUCUGGGCCGCUCCGUGCCCUCGUUGCUGUCCCCCUGUACCCUUCGUCCGCGCUCUGCCCGCUGCCCCCCUCCUCGCGCCCCGCUGUCCCAGCGCUGGGACCAAGGUGACCCCCGGGGUGGGGGUGACACCGCCUCCCUGACCCCCGCCGCCCCCAGGCUAUGCCAACGAGGUGGGCGAGUCCUUCCGCCCCAGAGCCGGGAAGAGGGUGGGACGAGGACGAAAGGGAAAGCUGCACGUGGAGGACACUGUGCUCCCCUUCCGGGCUCUUAAUUAAGCUGUUAAACAGGACCGGGCUCAGUGAUGGCCGUGCACGCUCUGCUCGUUACUGACCGACAGGCUGGGAUGGAGUAAUGGGAGCGAGUUCCGAGAGAACAUCAAGGACGUGCUCCCGUCGCUGCCCUCCCAGGACGACUAUUACCUGUUGAAAUGGCUCCGAGCACGCAGCUUCGACCUGCCCAAGUCAGAGGCCAUGCUCCGCAAGCACGUGGAGGUCCGCAAACGCAUGGAUGCCGACAACAUCGUGGCAUGGGAGGCACCUGAGGUGAUCAGGAAGUACAUGACUGGAGGCAUGUGUGGAUACGACCGGGAGGGCAGCCCCAUUUGGUACGAUGUCAUCGGGCCGCUGGACCCCAAAGGGCUGCUCUUCUCUGCCUCCAAGCAGGACCUGCUCAAGAACAAGUUCCGUGACUGCGAGCUGCUGCGGCAGGAAUGUGAGAAGCAGAGCCAGAAGCUGGGCAAGAAGGUCGAGAUGGUGCUGACAAUCUGUGACUGUGAGGGCCUGGGCUUGAAGCACCUCUGGAAGCCAAUGGUGGAAUUGAACAAAGAGCUCCUGACGAUGUUUGAGGAGAAUUACCCGGAGUCCCUGAAAUGCAUGUUCAUCGUGAAGGCUCCCAGGAUCUUGCCAGUGGCCUACAACCUGGUCAAGCACAUCCUGAGCGAGGACACUCGCAAGAAGGUCAUGGUGCUGGGAUCCAACUGGAAGGAGGUCCUGCAGAAGUACAUCGACCCCUCGCAGAUCCCAGUGGAGUACGGGGGCACUCUGACCGACCCCGAUGGGAACCCCAAGUGCCCCAGCAAGAUCAACUACGGAGGGGACGUGCCGAAGCAGUACUACGUGCGGGAUCAGCUGGCGCAGCCCUACGAGCACACGGUGGUGGUCAACAGGGGCUCAUCCCACCAGGUGGAGUACGAGAUCCUCGCCCCCGGCUGCGUGCUCAGGUGGCAGUUCAAGUCGGAAGGGGCCGACGUGGGCUUCGGGGUGUACCUGAAGACGAAGGUCGGGGAGCGGCAGCGGGCAGGCGACAUGACCGAGGUGCUCCCCACGCAGCGCUACAACGCACACAUGGUGCCCGAGGACGGCUCCCUCACCUGCUCCACGCCGGGCAUCUACGUGCUGCGCUUCGACAACACCUACAGCUACAUCCACGCCAAGAAGGUGAGCUACAGCGUGGAGGUGCUGCUGCCCGACGCCAGCUCGGCCCAGCAGAUCCAGCAGCUCGGGGACAAGCUGGGCGAGGUGGCCCUGGACCACAGCGCGUGAUGGCAGCGCGGAGGACGGGAGGAGGGGGGCCGGUGCCCCGCGGCUCAGGGACCCGGGGGGCUGUGCCCGGGGCCGUCGGCCCCUCUGUGCCUUACGUGGCCCCCGCCGGUGGGGCCGGGUGCGGUGGCGGCAGUAAAGGGACGGACGGUGA